AUGUCUGCGAACUCCUCUUCCUCCUAUUCCACCACCGCGCAACCCCAGUCCUCUUCUUCCGGCUCCUCUACCACCACGCACCCUCAUCCUCCUCCUCCUCCUCUCCUCUUCCUUCUCCUUCUCUUCCUCUUCCCCCUUCCUCCAGGUGGAGGUGACAUUUCCUGUGAAAUAAUGGAUCGCACUGAAAUAGAGGCCAUGGCUGCAUCACCAGCUGGCAGCGACAUCGGGGAUGCAGGAUCUGCUGGACGGACUGCGUCUGCUGAGGUUGAUGACCUCUACUACAUUCCAGAAAGAAGAGCUUCUCUGGACCUGGGAUGGGAUAGUAGUGACUGGCAGUGGAUGGAACAGGCUUUGUCUCCAUCCCAGAGCUACAGUUCAAUGAGAAGUGAUGAUUAUGGCUCCUCUGAUGAAAUGGAAGAUAAAGAUGGAACUUGUACAAGGGUCCAGAUGGACAAAGCAGAUUCCUUCUCCAGCUGCUACUCCCUAGAUAGCGAUGACUGUGAAAGAAGAACACGCAAGGAUCGAAGCAAAGAGAACAUCACCUUUGAGAUGAGUAAAACGCCCAAUUUGAUCCAAAAUCCAGAUGAGUUUAGCCACCCCUCUCUCACAGUGAAAUCCACAUUCAAGACUAUUAUGAUGGUGUUGGACAAGUUGUCAGAGGGGAUUGUUGGGAAAUUCAGGCAGAUCUUGUGGAAACAUUAUCCGCAGUCAUUUAACACUAACCCCCACAGUGUGGGCACAGUGGACAAAGUGCACCUUGUGGACCACUUGUUGGAGUGUUACAGCCUGCAGGAGUCAUUACAGAUCACUAAGGCCAUUCUUGAGGAACUUGAACUGAAGAAUGUGGUUCAGUAUCUGCAGAGAUUGUGCACCCCAGAUGAAGUACGUUAUGAUUUAAGUAUGAUCCUCAGGAGGAAGUACAGCAUUGUGCACGAGGACUUGGCCAUGCAAGGAGAGACUAGGGCUUUUGAGGACAUAUUCUCUGAUCUCUACAUUACGUCUAAAUGUGACAACGGUCCAAAUAUGACUUGUUUUGACCUUUGGGUAGCAGGAUCAGGGAAAACAAUGGCAGUGAGAAAGUUAAUCCUCGACUGGAUAGAAGAGCGAUCCCAUCAGCACGUGUCUUUUCUUUUCCCCUUAACAUUCAGAGAACUCAAUGCCUUUGAGGGCUCCAAUGUCUCUUUGUUGGGCAUAAUACAGUCACUCUACCCAGAAACCAAAAAAUUGAAAGAUGAGGACUUUAGAAGUGAAGAGUGCCAAAUGAUGUUUGUCUUUGAUGGGCUGGAUGAGUACACUGGGGAGCUUGACUUCUCAAACACAGAACUUCUGGGCGACCACACAGAUCUCACUUCCCUUAAUGUCAUAGUGGUCAACAUCCUCAGACAGAGACUUCUGUACCGUGGAAUGUUCUGGGUGACAUCUCGGCCCCAAAUAAAGCGCUGCGUUCCUUGGGAUAUGCCUUGUGAUAAGCAUGAACUGCACGGUUUUCGUGACUCUGAAAAGGAGGACUACUUCAGGAAGAGGUUUAAAGACUUGAAUCAGGCUGCUCGAGUGAUUGCCCACCUCAACUCUUCCAAAACUCUCCAGAUCAUGUGCCAUCUACCUUUGUUUUGCUCAGUGUUGGCUGAUGUCUUUCAGAGAGUAUUUCAGGAACAGGGGCCACAAGCAGAACUUCCCAGGAGUAUCACCUACAUGUACACAAACCUCCUGCUUGUGCUCCUGAAUCUACGCAGCCUCAGAGCUCCAAACCGCAGCUUGGAGGAAGAGGAGUUCCUCAUGAAACUUGGAAAGAUGGCCUUCGUCAUGCUAGAACGAGGUCAGUUCAGGUUUUCUGAGUCCCACUGGAAAGAGUUUGGGGUCAGUGAUGAGGAGGCAGUGGUUAAAAGUGGUCUGUGCACCCAGUUUGACAUUAAACCAUUAGUCUUGGUACAUGAGCGAGCAUACAGCUUCAUACACCCCACCGUGCAGGAAUACCUGGCUGCCCUUUAUGCGUUUCUCUCCUUUAGAAACCACAGCAUAAAUGUUCUUGAGCAGAAAGUGAAAAAGAAGCUGCCAAAGAUGCUAAAAAUGUUCAAAGAGAUGGACUUGUACAAGAGUGCUGUGGACAGAAGCCUGCAUGAUGAAGGCAAACUGGACAUUUUUCUGCGUUUCCUGUUAGGAAUGACAUUAAAGACCAACCAGCAGCUUCUCCAGCGAUUCUGCACCUCUUCUGUGAUGUGUCCAUCUGUCAUUGAUGAUGCUGCCGCCCUCAUCAGCAAGAAGAUUACAGAAAAUAAGUAUCCAGGCAGGGUUGGAAACUUGAAGUGCUGCCUGGUUGAGCUGGGUGUGGGAGCCUCACAACACCUUGGAUCCUAAAAAUGGCGAUUACUGAAGACCGUUUUUGUAAUGG